AGAAAAGUGAGUGCGAGUGUUUUGCUUCCGCCAUAACUGAUAAAGUGAGCGAGGAACCAUAAAGCGCUUCACAGGCUGAAGAGAGAGAGAGAUGGAUACGGAAAAAGUGACGCCGUUAUCAUUGUCGUCAUCGUUGCUAUACGCUGGAGAGAGGGAUGGAGAGAGAGGCGCCGGAGGGAAGUUGAGGAAACCGCCGACUAAGAAGCCUCCGGCUACUCCUUACGACCGUCCUCCGUCAAAUCAGUCCGCCGCCCAACGCAGCAAUGGUAGUUGGUUUUCGAAGCUCGUUGAUCCCGCUUACCGGCUGAUAUCGGAUGGCGCCACCAAGAUCUUACCCUCUUUCUUCUCCAAAUCACAGUCCACCGCCGAUCUUCCUCUUUCCAACUCCGGUGAUGACGUUCCACAGGGCACUAAGUUGAUACCAAAUGCCAGUGACAAUGACAAAACCGCUUUAAAUCUUGCAAUAGUUAGAUCCCCUGGAGAAGCAGGUCCUAGCAAAGUUGCUGAUAGAUUCAAGGGCAAUGCAGAAUGUAAUAAGCUGGAACAAGAUAAAACAAGUAACCUGUCUGAUGAUUGUGAAUUUUCUAAAAUUGAGCAGCUGGUGAAAGGGAAUAGAUUUUCAAGGGAUGACAUCAACCGUUUGACAGACAUAUUAAAUUCUCGGGUUGUUGGUCUUUCUGAUGUUGAGCGGGAAAAGCAGCCACCAAGAAUGACCUCUGGUGAAGAAGCUGAAGGGGUUUUAUUGGCCUGUGAAAAUUCAAGAACACCAAUUGAAGGAAAACAGAAAGAGACAGACAGAGCUUUAUUGGGAACCUCAACAACCCUUCUCCAAUCAAAUGUGCGUGUUGAAGUUGGUGCUUCACCAGUUGAUAUUGCUAGAGCUUAUAUGGGAAGUCGGACAUCAGAUAUAGGCCUUGGUUCAUAUACUGCUAUAUCUGAAAAUGAAAGAGUUCUACAACGGCACGAUGAAUAUGCAAUAAAGCCAUUUAUUCCAUCGUCUUCACAUAAGUCAUCCACUUGUUGGCCAGGUGCCAUGGUACAGGAUCAGUAUGGUUAUAUAACCCCACAAAGUCAACGAGGUAGAUUCGGGCUUCAUAAUUUACCACGAACCCCUUAUUCCAGAACUAUUUUCUCAAAGUCCAAGUCCAAGCUGACUCAAUUACAAGCUGAUACUAGGGGCACAAACAGUUCGCCAUCUCCCUUUCAGCAAACUCCUACUCCCCUAUAUGGACGGACAAGGAGUGAUGCAUUGGAUGAUGGCUAUGGCUCGGUUGGACCUAUUCGGCAUAUACGGAAUAAGUUUGCUUCAGAAGCUCGACACAGAGGAUCUAUUUCCAUAUAUUCUUCUCAAAGAGCUUCUCCACAGGUAGAAAAAUCCAGUGUUUCCAAAGGUUUCUUGCCUGCUAUGGAAAAGAAUAUGGAACUUGGUGGAACAAGUGGUGCUUCAAAGUACCAGUCAGUAGAGCAUAUGGUGCACAGUUCUGAAGAGGUUGCCCCAACUUCUAAUCCUCCAUGCAAUGAGGUUCUUAACAAAAUAAUUGAGCACCUUGAUAGACACAGGCCCACACCUGCAGAAAAAGCAGCUGAGUUGAAGCUAGCCACUGAAUGGAAAAAAUCUUCUCCUUCUGAAGUCACUGGUGUCUUGCCAAAGGAAAAUUCCAGCUUACUACAUCUAGGAGGGAUUGAUUCGCAAAAAAACAUAGAUUUAGUUGACAAGAAACUUUCUGCUGGAGGAAAUGGUGAUAAUGGGAAGUCAAAUUAUGAUGUUAAAUAUCAGGAGAGAAGUAAUAAUGAAGCUACUAAUGCUAUAGAUGGAAGUAUUAAAGCUUCUAGCGCGGUCAUUGGUGAUACUGGUGUGACAGGUGACGCCAAUGCAGAGCCUACGUUAGGUUUCAAAAAUACAUGUGACUCUCGAAUCAUGAGCACAAAUAAGUUCGUCUUUAAGAUUGUCUACCUUGAAAGAAAUCAUGCAUGCUCCAUUAACAAUCAGGCCUUACACUUUGGUAUAUUUGCAUCGCUAGAGAUCUCUGGGGAUGUUCGGGUCCAGGGUGUACUCAGGGCUGAGCCUCCAUUGAAGCAAGUUUUAGACAAUUUGAAGCUGACAAAUUUGAAGGCUUUUGUGGCCACUGAUGAUAGACCGAAGGAGACAAGUCAGCUUUGGAGAUUCCCCAAUCAAGCUAAUGGGCCGGAUAUCACAACCAUAUCCAAUGCUGUGAAGCCACAAUCGCAUCCUUCCGUGACAAAGCCUAAUUUGGCAUCUAUUUCUAUCGAUAAGCCUGACCCACGACGGGGAAUUUCUUCUGAUAAUGGCUUUGGGUUCACUUUUCCUGUUUCUGCAUCUUCUGAUGUACUAUUGGAACCACCAACACCGUCAAUCAUGCCCUUGUUUUCGGCCACUGGUCUUCCUCAGCAGCCCGCACUUCCUUCUUACAGUUUCGGCACCAAGAAGUCUGCCAAACGCGUUGUUUUCUCGUUUCCUUCUUCGAGCAGUGCCUCUGCCCACGAUGAUGCUUCGGAUAUUAAGUUCAGCUUCGGAUCAGACAAGAAGAAUAGGAUAUCUUUCACUUCAAUUGGGAAAGAUGCCAUCUGCUAUUAA